UUGUGUACUACUUCACAAGUCUUAAGGUCAAGCAAUAUCAAGGAAAAAUCAAUUUGUCAUCGACCGGAAGCAGCUUUUACUUUCUAAAUCCUGAGGUACCACUAGCUAAUGAUUACAAGAGAGAGUUCACAGGAGCUCAGUACGCUGUAUAUAUACAACCUGCUGCAGAAAACCGGUUCAUGGGUGUUCAAGAUUUGGAAACUGUGGAAAAAUUAUCUUUAUCAGAUUUAAACCUACUUGAUACCACCGACAACGAGGAGCAGCUCAAAUACUGCAGAGCUACUCUAAAAAAAAUUGUAGAAGAAGAUGGGUGGUACUAUCUGGGAUGCCCGAUCUGCUACAAACAAAUGAGGAAAAAACCGGACAGUGAACUGCUCAUAUGCCAACAGCAUGAUAUGCAGCACCACAAAUAUACCUUCAGAGUCACUCUUCUCAUUGAAGAUGAGACUGAUCAAGCACAUGCAGUCUUAAUGGGCAAAGAAGCAGAAGAAAUCUGUGGAAUCUCAUGCGAGGACUUGAUUAUCAAGAAAAACUGCAAAAACCAAAGGAUCAUACCACAAGAAAUUCUUCAAUUAGAAGGACAGAUCAAGCUGCUGAAAUUGAAACCAGGAACAAAAAGAGAUUUCCUUAUAAAGGGGAUAUACGAAGAUGUUCACAAGUUCACACCAACCCAAGAUAUCGAACCAACAACUUCCACGCCAAAUAAGAAAAUAUUUGAGAAGAAGAGGAAGGAAUUGUUCAAAGCAAAACCAAGCAAGAACCCAAAAAGUGACAACUUUGAACCAUCAGAUCAGAGCAGCGCAAAUACAUCGGCCCAAUCUGACAUAGAAGACCUUAUCUAGCCACUUCUGCUUUGCAAUCUUCUACUUUUUGUCUUUUUGUGAUAGGGACCAAUCUGUAUGGUUUUUUGUAAUGCUAACGGUCCUUCAAAAACAAUGUCAUGCUGUGUACAUAUAAGCACUGGUUGUCAGGACCACUCUAUGUUUUGUGUAAUGCUAAUGGUCCCAGAGAAACAAUCAACCAAGACAGCAGACAUUUUGUACAAUUGAUCAAUGUACAUAAAAGCUUUUUGGCUGCU